AGUGGGGGUUAGUUACGGCGGAAUCGCAAAUAUUCGGUGAUGGUGGUGCGCGACAAGGGUGAUAAAAAAAGCAGUGUCGCGAGAACGUGAAUUUGGACGGGCCUAGUGGACACGCGAGGCCAUGCGUCCGUUUUACGUCGCGUUUGCACACGUCGCUGCACGAUCUCGUAGCGUCGCGAUGCCUUUGCUCGCGUCGUUCCUCGCAAUUACGCAAUGAUUAGUCGUCACGAUGUUGGAUCCGGGGUGUUAGGAUCGUUUGUGAAUUUGUUCGAUCGAAAGAUUUCUUUCUCGAUGGUUGAUCGUGGAUGAACAGUUACCAGCAUGAGCUUUUGGUCCCGCAGACGAUUUCAUAUCACUCCGCUACAAGCGUUCGCGGCGCUGUUUCUCAUGAUCAUGCUGUUUUGGUACAGCCUCAGUCGGCAAGAGACACCUCAACAACCGUGCAGCGUGCCCGAGGAAUUCACGGAGAAACUACACGAACUUACCUACAGGGUCCACUUAGUGCUAGCGAAACUGAGCAUCGUGCACUUUCUGUGCUUCGGAGGACUCUGGGGUCAAGUUCGAAUCGGUCGUGCCUUGCCAUGGGCACGUAAGGUCGAGCUUUGCCUGGUCGACACUCUCAGAGACGAUGUCCUAAUCACGAAAGCAUUCCGUCAAGCUGCUUUGAGCGCUACAUACCUGCACGCGGCCGGUGUGUAUCGAAUCCAGGAACACGGGGUCGGCGAAGAUGCGCCCAAGGUGGAGGUCGUCGUCUUCGAGAAGGAUGCUGUGACACGAAUGGUAAGAAGAGUAGGUUGGACAAGAAGGGUGUUGCCUCCGGACUGCGAAUUUUCCCCCAGUCUACAAUGUUUUCCACCUCGGCUUAUAAUUCCUCCCUUACCGGCGAAACUGUUCGGUAGUCGAUUAAUACCUGUCCCUAGAGGAGGCAUCGAAUUGCAAAAAUAUCACUAUCCUAACGAUUGGUGGCUCGAGGUGAAACCCACCGACUGCACCGAGCUACAAGAAACCAACGCGUAGUGCUACAUUUCAUAGUAGACACGAUAUAUUCCCGACGUAACGAUAAAUCUUUCGAACAGACAGCCGAAGAUGUCCUCUAGGAUUACUAAGGAAAGGACAAAAUGGAGCGCGUGUGUUGCCUCUGUCCAGUCCUAUUACAAAAGCAUUUUUAUUUUUCACAGACUCGUUUCACGAAACUACCAGAAAUAUAUAAUUCGAGACUUGGAAUUUAUUGAAAUUGGUAAUGUAAAAUCGACGAUUCGUAUUGAGAAGGAAGCUAUGUAUUAGGUUGUCCGAAACGUUUCUUUCUGUUUUAUAAGGAAACAAUAGACGCACAAUGCUUUUUCUUUUAUAUUAGUUUAUUGAAUUACGCAGGAACAUAAUAAUAGAGAUAAAACGAAAUGGGUCACACCUAAUUCGAUAAAAUAAUAUAAAACAGAAAUUGUUGUUCAUCUGUUAUCACCUUAUGAAACGAAAGAAACUUUUCGGACGAUCUCACAUAUGUCGUUUAUUUUAUAACACGAAUCGUUGCGUCUGUUUGAACAUACGGCAAUGUGCAAGAGUUUCUGACCGAAUAGAUUUUCAGUUUAUAUUUCAAAAGCGACGUUCUAAAGAAUUUGAACUAUACAGUACACGGUAUAAUUCAACAGUAAUAACGAUUGUUAUUUAUCAAUUAUUAGAAUGUGAAGGAAAUUUUUGUUAUCUCUUUCAUUUGCUAUGCCCUCAUCCGAUAAUAAAUUCUUUUAGAUAUCGUUUUUGGAAUAUAAAAUGGAAACUUGCGUAUAGUUUGCGUUCCGUGAAUUUAAUAUAUAAAGGAAUGUCAUAGAAUUAGUUUUGAUAGCUAUAAAAUAACUCGUCGAGUUUCAGAUUAAUUUAAGAAUCGCACAUGAAACACAUGAUGGUGGAUGAUCAAUCGUUAAAAUCAUCAGUGAAAGUUCGUGUCUUAUUCUUAAAGGCUUUCGGACAAUGUUGUUCUUUCAGCUAUUAAAAGAUGGUUGAUGAAUGUAAUUAUCCGUGAAUAACAGGUUUCGGUAACGACAUUGAUGAUGUUCUAGGUAAAAGUCGCUCCUAAGAAAGUAUCACGAAUUAUAGCUAAGCUACGCGAGAAAAGUUUCAACGUUCGGCCGUCGAAUAAGAAAUUUUGUGCUUGUGAUUUUAUACGAGCGUUGAAACUUCAUAAUUUCUGUCAUUGUAUCGACAGAAUCUUACGCUCUCGUGACCGAAAUUAUCGAUCGCAACACCGAUGAGAAAUAUCGGAGACAAAUAUAUAAUAAUAAACCAAAGAAACAAUUAGUUUGCUGGGUGGCACGUAAACGGGGGAAAUGAAAUUUUCCAAGCGUAAAUUAGAACUUAUGAAAGUUAGACAAUUGCGGAAUAGGAAAAUUGUUCCUCGUAAGGAGCUGAAUAUUCGUGGGAAUCUUCAUAUUUUACACGCUAUGAUUUCAUUUAGCGAAUAGCAAAUAUUAGAGACAAGUGUGAUAACGAGUGUGAACCCUUUGCACUUUGCCGAUUGCUUUAACGAUUACAAUUAUGGCGAUAUUUAUAUGAAAUACUAAUAUUUCGUUUCAUAGGAAAUUAUUUAAUUUUCAUAUUCUUGAUCUUGCUCGAUUUCAUUUCUCUACGUUCUUUAAAUCAUAUUUGAUUCAAUUGUUUUUUUUUUUUUUUUAUUUAAAAA